CUCAUGGCAGUGGUGAGAAGAGCCGGUUGUGGAGUAACUAACUCGCUUGUUUCCGACCCUGAAGCCUUCCUUUAAAAUGUUUUCUGUUUUAAUUAACGCGGUCUUGUCCAGCUCUCCUGACUAUGACCGUUUGUUUGAGUCUCUGUCCUGGCCGAGUGAGUCGUGGCCGGGGACGGAGCGGUUGGAAGCUCUGACAGCCUUCGUUGAAGGGCUCGGACCGCUUUUGGCAGACUCGGACACGACUCCGUCUGCAUGUGCGAAAAGACGACGCAUUCAAGAUAAAAUUGAGUCGGUUAUUUGGACGCAGUGUCUGCCUCUCUUCUCCAGAAUAUCAGCGGAAGCCGGCGAAGGCGUGCGGUGCAGGGACAGUACAGCAGCUGCCUGUCGACUUGUGAGUGUCUGUGUCCCGCUGUGUGACGAUGCCGUGCCGGGGCGCGUGGCUCUGUCCGUCCUGCCCUCGCUCCAGCUGUCAGAGGAGGAGCUCGCCGGUCCGGGACGGCUCAGCGUGGAGGUUGCAAGUGAGGUCAUGGCUGCUCUCAUGCCUUCUCUGUCAGCGGAUGAACAGCUCACACUCACCACCCUGUCAGCCGCCUUGUCCUGCAUCAAAACACUACCUGAUGCAUUGGUCUCCAAAAUCACAGUCAGGCUUCUCUUGACUCUCUUGAACUGCUGCAGCGGUGCGAGGUUAAAAAGCAUCCUCAAGAUGAUCCUGGAUGAUCUGUGCAGCUGGCACUGCACUGACAGCACACCUGUGGUCACAGAGAGAGCGCUGUUAUGUUUGACCGCCAUGUCAGACCACCUGCUGAUACCUAACGACCACUCCUCCUCCUCCUCCUCCUGUGAGCCUGAUCCUCGUCUGUCCCUCCAGUUUUGGAGGAUGGUUCAGGAUGGACUGACGCACCGAGACAGCGUGUCACGGAAGAGGGCGCUGUACCUGCUGAAAAGGUGUGUGGCCCUGUCAGAGGACGAGCAGCUGGACUGUCCACUCUGUCCAUCAGGAGAAGACGAGACACUGUUCAAAUGGGACCCCAACAGGAGCAAGUUGCUUAGAGAGUUCUGGGAGGAUUAUGCGCUUGUGAUGGAGACUCUGGAGGAAAACCAGGUUCAUGUUGUUCGGCCAGUUCUAAACAGAAUAGACACAUUGAUCCAAACAACAGUGAAUGAUAGUCAAGCUUCAGGCCAAGGCCUCUUCCACCCCUCGUGGCUGCUGUGUGUGUACCAGCGGAUGUUCCACAGUGAGAAUAAAUCCUUAAUGAGAGAGGGAGUGUGUCAUCUGCUUGAGCUGCAGGUCCUCCAGCAGCCAGCCUUUGCUCUGGCCUUUUCUCAGUUUAUCGUUGGCCCUUUUAUGGAUGUUCUGUCUGAAACUUCACUCUUCCAGAGGUCAGCUGGGCAGAGUGUAGGAGAUUGUCCUGAGCUCGGGGCUAAGCUCCAAGUCUUCAUGACCACCUUCUUCAGUAGUCUACCAUCAGAGCAUAGAGGUUGUGUGUUGCUGCAGCUGAUUCAGCAGCUGGGCUCUAAGCACUGGUGUGCUGUACCCCUCCUCUUCCUCUCCCAGGCUCUAUCCAAACUUCCCCCAAGUCCACAGCUGGGGAUCGAAGGACUCACAGCUCUAAGGGAGGUGCUGCGCUGCACCAUGAUCACUCAUCAGGUUUUGUUGAGAGGAGCUGCCCAGUGCUUCCUGCUGAAUAGCGCCCUCUGUCUCACAGACAUGAGUGCAGUGACCCUAGAUGAUGUCUUUAGUUUCCUGAUGCAUUUCCGUGCAGACGAGUCACUGUGUAGAGGGACGCAGAUCUGGAAUCAGUUGUGUUCCUGGCUAUCAGACAACGAAGGCAGUUUCAAGCCCAGGAUCAUGGAUGGUGAUUCCACCGGUGCUGCCACAAAGAAAGAAACCGUAAGAGGCUACGUUCAAGGCGAGAUACACGCUUAUCUUCGAGUCCCAGCUAGCACGGGUAAGUCUGAAGUGAGGCAAGUGAAUAAUUCCAUCUGCAGACAUGAUUAUUCUUCAGGUUUUUACAGUCAAUUUUCUCACUUUCCAGGUCAGACUGAGAGGCUACCUGACUCUAAAGAGGCUGAUAAGUUGGCCAGGGCUGUUCUGCUGUGUGUGGACAUGGAGAAGAGUCAACCUGGCGAAGAUAUCACUAACACUCUGGAGUCAUUACUGUCUCCUCUGCUGGACACCUUGAGCAGAGUCAGCACCAAUAUCUACUUGCCUCUCCGUAAGAGUGACAAGAGCCUGCAGCUUGUGCUCCGACUGUUCCAGCUCGGUGAACCACCAAGUUGUCAACAAGCCGGAGCGGAGCAAGGCGAUAGCGUGAUGGUUGCCAUGGAGAAGCUCAUUUUGAAGCUUGUAGAUCCAAUCCAGGAGUUUAUCUUGAGGAAGCUGUGUGGGGACCUGCAGGAGCUAUUUGAUGUGGAGAGGUCAGAGCUGUAUCUGAGCGUCCUGAGGCAGCUGGUGGUCAUGUACAGUUCUACACCACAGCACCAUAGUAAAAUUCAGCAGAGUAAUUUCCCUAAACUCGUCAAGCACAGCCUCAAAGUCUUGCAAGAACCAAGCCAGCAGGUCCCCUCUGUGGCAAAUCAGGUGGCUAGAGCAGUUGCUAUGGCAUCCCUAGCCACAGUUUGUGGUCUUGUGGAGCAGGACGUAAUUGACAUUCGAUCAGAGACUAUUUCUGCCCUGAAAGCGCUGAAUGACUUCUUCUACAGUUCACUCUCACCUUCCUCACAAAGUCAAUCAUCUCUGGGAAACUUUAAUAAACGCCUCUUGAAACCACAGACAGGAGACUGGUCAAGUGAACUAGGAGUGCAGGACUGGGGACGUAUCGCUGCCAACUUUAUGCGGGACCAGUGGCUUUGUCUAAGCUUCCUCAUUAAGGCAUUUGGGAUUCCUGAGGUUUCCAGAGCACCAGACACUCUGAAGGCUGCUCUGAGCUGCAGUGUGGAGGCCCUGGCACUGCUGCCCAGUGACCUGGUGCUGCCUGUGCUCACCUUUAUGGAGACAGUGCUGCCGCAAUUGCUACUCGAAGAGGAGGCGCUCUGUGUGGAAGCUGUGACUCUAAGCUGGGAGCUGGUGCAGGGACUGAGCACUAAUGCCCAUGACUUCUGGCCGGCCCUGAAAGGCUUCAUCUCCAUGGCCUUCCACCCUAAACUGCUCGAGCUGACACACACUAAGGCUCGGAAAUUUAUGGCCACAUUGAAACAGACUGCGGCCGAGCUGACUGAGCUGUCUCAGUCAAAGAGCGGAGUGUUCGGAGUGCUGCUUCAACACUGCUGUCAGACAUGGCUGCCCACAGACCGAGGCUGCGCCGCCCAGGCUGACGCAGUGUUUUCUAGCGUUUCCAGCCACAUUGACAUACUCGCUGACGCUUGUAUCUAUGGACCAGUUUUCAGAAGAGACCAACGGCUCAUUCAGGAUGUCCAGACAUAUGUGGAGCAACUCGGUGAAGAGUGUGUCGGUGAAGUUGCUGUUACAAGUGAUAACAGGGAUGAUCAGUUUCCCCGCACAUGUGUACUGGGUUUCCUCAGCCGCCUUGAUUCCUCUAAUCUGCAGCAUGAAAGAGUGAUAGAAGAACUAGUUAUAUCUUUGUUGAAAAAGGAUAAUGACAUAUCAAAGUCAAAAGUUCGUUAUUACAGCAACUCCCUACAACAUCGCAUCAAAAACAGAGUCUGGCAAACACUGCUGCUCUUGCUGCCCAAACUCCGAGAGGAGUUUGUUUCAACUUUGCUGAACCGUGUGUAUGAAGCUGGAUUCUGCAGUAACCAGGCCUCAGUCAAAUACCUGAUCGAAUGGACGAUGAUUCUGAUCCUCAUUCGUUAUCCACAACACAUGGAUAGCUUUUGGGCCUGCUUCAACAUGGAUCACGAAAAGACCAAGACAAGCGUCUGCACUUUCCUGUCAGUCCUGGUACAUUUCAAUGUCAUCAUUCCCAAUCUUAAGGAUAAGAUGGUGCAGUUGCGCAAAGCGCUGGACAUCAUCCUGCAGUGGUGUUUCAACCAUAACUUCAGCGUGCGCCUGUAUGCCUUACUGGCCCUGAAAAGGGUGUGGAGCUUGGCAGAAGUCCAGGCAGAAGAAUGGGUGGAUGGUUUGGGAGGGCUGUCCACUGUGAUCAAGGCCUGUUUGAACCAGGCUGAGGCCAUGCAAAGCACUGGGAAUGCCAACAAAAACUGGAUAAGGAUUCAGGAACACUUCUUCUUUGGUGCCUUUCACCCUAUCAGAGAUUACAGUGUGGAGACCAUAUUCUAUACUUUUCCCAGUCUGUCAGAGUUGGCUGAUGAUGAGUGGAUUCCACCUUGGAAGUUUGAGAAACUGUCAUGUUUCUCUGAAAGUCCAUCUUUUCCUUUGAAAAAUCCUGCUCCUGACCUGAGUCAGCUCCAGCCAGGAGACUGGAUCCAGCAAGACAGAAGUGAGCAGGACAAGGAGGAGCGCUGGGCCGAGGUGCAGAAGAAGAUCACUCCCUGGAGGUUGGGGAUCCAGGAGCAGGAGCCUGAACUUCAGUUGGUUCCUCCACAAAGGGCUGCUCGACUGGGCAAACUGCACGGCACCCUGCUGGUGGUAGCCUCACUCAUAGACAAACCCACCAAUUUAGGAGGUCUGUGCAGGACAUGUGAGAUAUUUGGUGCCAGCGCUCUGGUUCUGGACAGCCUCCGCCACGUCAGUGACAAACACUUUCAGUCCCUGAGUGUCUCAUCUGAGUUAUGGCUUCCUCUGUUAGAGGUGAAGCCUGUGGAGCUCACUGACUUCCUGCAGCUAAAGAAGAGUGAGGGGUACUGUAUUGUUGGAGUGGAGCAGACAGCCAACAGUCAGAGUCUCCAGGACUAUCAGUUCCCUGAGAAGACCCUGUUACUUCUGGGCAAUGAACGGGAAGGCAUUCCUGCCAACUUGCUCCAGAUGUUGGAUGUUUGUGUUGAGAUCCCUCAGCAAGGGGUCAUCCGCUCCCUCAACGUGCACGUGAGCGCUGCCCUGCUGAUUUGGGAAUAUACGAGGCAGCAUCUCACCUCUGGUUCAGCCGAAGUCAACUCAAAGCUCAGCUGAGGAAGAAACCGGCAGCGCAGCCCUACGGACGGGACAUCUGACCUCUAGAUGUUGACCAUAUUCACUCAUCUCCAGUAGCAGGCGUGAAAAGCGUCUUAGGGGAAUUUCAAAUUAAAAUGUCAACUUCAGCCUCUGGACGUGAGGAGGAAGGGCCUUAAAGAUUUUCAUAUUCUUUCUGGAUAAGAGUCUGUCCUUUCAGGUUUUAACGUGGUCAGCAGUCAUCAGCACUGUUCUUGUGCUUUAAUGAGAGUCGUGAAUAGAGAUCAGUCCUGGUUAUUACAUCUAAAUAUUCCACUGGGCAUGCUGUUAUAUUCAUUUAGAGAGUCUGUGUGUCUGUAACAGCAGCAUAAAUAGAAUUUUUUUGUGAGCAACUAGUAUUUGCCUCUUAGCACCAGGACUAAACUAUAAUGUCCAAAUACAGCAAACUAAUAUACAAAAUAUAUUGAUGCUGCUUUUGUUAAUAGGCCUAAUUUUUUAUUGCAGUUUGUGGUUUUAAAUUGUAAACUGUCU